AUGCAGAACUCAAGACGAACUUCUGGUGAGCUGAACAGUAAGGACGAGGAGCUUUGGAAUGCCUGGCUUUCUUCGAAUGUUCGAGCGCGAGAUACCAAUUCUCUGUUGGCAGACGGCUGUUCGCGAGAAGGGGCCAGCACACAGGCGGAUUUCGACUUCAGAGUUAACACUCAAAGAUUGGGAGAGCGACAAACUUCCCCAGAAGACGAGAUAGAAAUGUUCGAGCUCAAUAACUAUGAGAUGAAGCUCUGGAGCUUGUGGAGCACAUCUAACACUCGAACAAACCACAUCACAUUCUUGAUAAUCAUCGGAUUCUCUCCUGAAGUUGCCAUCGGACAAGCGAAUCCCGGCUUCAAAGCUCACUAUUCCGGAUUUGGCGAUGCUCCACAAGACGAGAUUGUAGCCUUAGAGCGACACAGCUGUGAAAAAAUGCUCAAGAGUACAUGGAAGUCCUCGAAAGUUCGUGAAAAGCACAUCAAAUACCUUCUAGCUAACAAGUUUACCGCCGGCGGAGCUAUUAGACAGGCCGAUAUCGAUUUUGACGACCAUGUUCAGGUGCUAGUCAAGAUAGACAUUUCACCCGAGGCCAAAAUCGGGGUCUUUGAAUAA